AUGAUAGCACGUCAUUGCGUAAAAGCGGCAGCAGCUUUUGCACCAAACGUAGCUAAAGCCAGUACAAAUGGCGUCCGUCGAGUUACGUUAAUCCCAGGAGAUGGCAUUGGGCCCGAAAUAUCAUCUGCAGUGCAAAAGAUAUUCGAAGCAGCAAAUGCACCAAUCGAAUGGGAUCCUGUAGAUGUCACGCCUGUCAGAGGAGAUGACGGACUUUUCCGAUUACCUUCAAAAUGUAUUGAACUAAUGAGGGUAAAUAAAGUUGGCUUGAAAGGUCCUCUUGCAACUCCAAUUGGCAAAGGACAUCGUUCGCUUAAUCUCGCUGUCAGAAAAGAAUUCAAUCUCUAUGCAAAUGUGCGGCCCUGCAGAUCCUUGGCAGGUCAUAAAACGCUUUAUGAUAAUGUCGACAUCGUAACAAUUAGAGAAAAUACUGAGGGUGAAUAUUCUGGAAUCGAGCACGAGAUCGUAAGUGGUGUUGUCCAGAGCAUUAAGCUGAUAACAGAAGAAGCGUCAAGACGCAUCGCUAAAUAUGCAUUUGAAUAUGCACAAGCAAGUGGUCGAAAAAUGAUCACUGCUGUCCACAAAGCAAAUAUAAUGCGUAUGUCAGACGGUCUUUUCCUGAAUAUGUGCCGUGAACAAGCCGCACACUAUCCAGACAUUAAAUUCAAUGAGGCAUAUUUGGACACCGUUUGCUUGAAUAUGGUUCAAGAUCCAAAUCAGUAUGAUGUAUUGGUAAUGCCAAAUCUGUAUGGUGAUAUAUUAUCUGACUUGUGUGCAGGUUUGAUUGGAGGUCUUGGUGUAACUCCAUCAGGAAAUAUUGGUGAAGAUGGUGCUGUUUUUGAAUCUGUCCAUGGUACUGCGCCAGAUAUCGCUGGACAGAACAAAGCAAAUCCUACAGCAUUACUUCUUUCGGCAGUGAUGAUGCUGCGUUAUUUGGGAUUGAAAUCAUACGCAGAUAAAAUAGAAAAAGCCUGCUUUGAUGCGAUCAGAGAAGGCAAUGAGAAGACUGGUGAUUUAGGCGGACAUGGCACAUGUUCUUCGUUUACCGAUGAUAUCUGUAGACGUGUACACGACAUAGAUUAG